GGUUUAUGAGUUGCCGCAUUCGGCUUCUAUUUUUCGAACCCUGUGGUGAUUCGGUGUAGCUGAGUCCUGAGUCUCUGGGAGAUCGUGGAAGCGGUCAUCGAGGCUCAUCACAAUGCCUAAACAAAUCCACGAGAUUAAGGAUUUCCUUCUCACUGCAAGAAGGAAGGAUGCAAGAUCUGUGAAAAUCAUGAGGAGCAGGGAUGUUGUGAAGUUCAAGGUCCGAUGCUCCAAGUACUUGUACACACUUUGUGUGUCUGACCCAGAGAAGGCUGAUAAGUUGAAGCAAUCACUUCCUCCAGGUUUGAGCGUUCAAGAUCUGUAAAGGAACUGCGGAAGAACGAAGGGUCUCUUUUCGUGUAUUUUAUUGGUGCUGGUUUCGUAGUUAUUCUGUAGUGCCUCAUCAAGAGAUGUGGUUUUUUGGCAUGUUUGGAUAAUUUUAUUGUUGUUUUUCAUUUUAAGGAACAUGAUUUUUAGUCUAUAUAUUUUGAAAAUGAGUGAAAUUUAGUUUACAUGGAUA